AUGGCGUAUAGACUCAUCGCGGCGCAUGCGACACCUUCUCAAUUGUCGCAAAGGGUUCCUUUGACUCUGCGAAUUUCACAACCGCAAUGUAUAUGCAGGUGUCAUAGACCUCGAAAUUUCUCGUCAUCUGCGAGAUUCUAUCGUCAGAACAACGAAUAUAAGGAUUCGUUUAGCACAAGAUUACGGAGGGCUCUGAACGAUACAAAAAUAACAUGGUAUCAUAUACCUGUAGGCUUGGGUAUAGGCUUCCUAGGACUUGGUCAGAUAUAUCGAGUGAAUGAGCGGGAGAAGGCAAGGAGGCGAGAAGAAGAAAACGAAGAUGGAAUUGUCAGGAGCGUAGGAUCUGGGAGUAAUGAAACCGAUGAAGGAUACCAAGGACGACCAAAAAAGAGAGAAAGAAUAAGGCCCUCGGGACCAUGGCAGGUUCAAGUAAUGUCCACUCUUCCGCUGAAAGCUAUGUCAAGAAUAUGGGGCAAAUUUAAUGAAUUGGAAAUACCUUACUAUCUACGUGUACCGGGAUUCAAAUUAUAUUCUUAUAUCUUCGGCGUCAACCUCUCUGAAGUAUCAGAACCCGAUCUUCAUGUAUACCCUAAUCUAGCUUCAUUCUUCUAUCGUACAUUGAAACCAGGAGCUCGACCACUUCAUCCAAACCCGAAUGCACUGCUUUCUCCAGCCGAUGGUCGGGUUCUUCAAUUUGGUGCCAUCGAAAGUGGCGAGGUAGAGCAAGUCAAGGGAAUGACUUAUAGCCUGGAUGCCCUUCUUGGUACCAGCAAACCAGCUACCACUCCAAACCCUGCAGAUCCCUCCAACAUAUUCACACCCCAUGCAGAUACCACACCUAAACAGAGUAAGGCCAGGUAUAGCGAUGGGGACGAAGAGAUCAUCAAGCAUGACGAAAAGUUCGCAACUGUCAAUGGCAUCUCAUAUACUCUUCCGAACUUACUUUCUGGGCCACCCCAAAAGCAACCCGGACAGACAACAAGUGAUGCCUCCACCACGCCAAAGGCAGCUUCUGAAGCCGAAGUGCGUGCUGAACUUGCUCUUGGUGAUAAGCCGUGGUAUUCUCGACUUACUGCAGAGAAUAAGACCGCUUUGUAUUAUGUAGUUGUAUAUUUGGCACCUGGUGACUAUCAUCGUUUUCAUUCUCCAACCGCUUGGGUCGCUGAGAAGCGACGUCAUUUCGCCGGAGAAUUAUAUUCGGUGUCGCCUUAUCUCCAACGAACAUUACCGGGUCUGUUCACACUGAAUGAGCGAGUUGUGCUUCUUGGCAGAUGGAGGUGGGGAUUUUUCUCCUUCAUUCCUGUCGGUGCCACCAACGUGGGCUCCAUCAAGAUCAAUUUUGAUCGAGAACUACGAACCAAUUCUUUAACAACAGAUACUGCUGCCGACCGAGCUUCUGAUGAAGCUGUGAAACGUGGGGAGUCAUAUAGUGGAUUUGCUGAAGCUACCUACGAGGCUGCAAGUCCCAUUCUCCACGGCCAUGCCCUAAGGAGGGGUGAAGAGAUGGGAGGGUUUCAGCUAGGAAGUACUGUUGUGCUCGUGUUUGAGGCACCUAAGGGACAAAGACCAAGUCUCGAUGAAGGUUGGAUGGGACAAAAAAGGAAAGGAGGGUGGAAUUGGGCCAUUGAGAAGGGACAAAAGGUAAAAAUGGGCGAACAAUUAGGAUGGGUCGAUGAAGCAUAA